UUCGCAUUUAAUCCUUGUGUAACCUAAAACCACAAUUUUUUUUUUUACAAAAAUCCUGAAUCAAAACAUGUAUGAAAUCGGAAGGUAGAAAACCUUAAAAUUGUAUGCUGAGUACUUAUACUGUCAAAUUAUCUACUUAGUGCCUGCAGCAAAUAUAUGGAAUUUGGUGGUGUAACCUGAAAUAUUUAGAAUUAAGUAAAAAGUGCUAAUAAAAUAAAAAUUGGAACUAAAACCAAACACCAUGCAGUCCUUGAAGGCAGACGAGUUGCCACAAAAUCCGCGCGAGCGUGCCAAUCCCUUCUCAGCAAUGAUGCUCUGCUUUACUUUACCAAUAUUUUUUAAGGGGCGUAAGAAAACUUUAGAUGAAAGCGAUCUCUACCGAGUGCUAAAGGAACAUAAAUCAGAAACACUCGGCAAUAAAUUAAACAAAGCUUGGGAAACAGAGGUCGAAAAGAAGCGGCGCAAAAAUAAAGAACCCAGUUUACUCUUGGCUGUGAUACGCGUAUUUGGGCUAAACUUUGCCGCUUUGGGAUGUGUAUUAUUUCUGGUAGAAAUCGGGUUGCGCGUUACACAGCCACUGUUUCUUGGCGGCUUAGUCAAUUACUAUGCGAAUCCCACCAACAGAGAUGAUAACUUUACUGCCUAUAUUUAUGCCAUGGGUGUGAUUGUCUGUAACGCAUUGAAUGUAAUGCUAAGACAUCCAUAUAUGUUGGGCAUUCAACACAUCGGCAUGAAAGUGCGACUCGCCAUGUGCAGUUUGAUUUAUCGGAAAGCGUUACGCUUGAAUAGAACAGCGCUUGGCGACACCACAACCGGUCAAGUGGUAAAUCUGAUAUCGAACGACGUCGGGCGGCUGGAUACAUCCAUCAUGCACGUACACGUACUGUGGGUUGGACCGAUCGAGAUCGCCGUAGUAGCUGUUCUCAUGUACAGAGAGAUAGGCGUGGCAUCGAUGUUUGGCGUCUUUGCCAUGGUAUUCUUUGUGCCACUGCAAUUCUAUCUUGGCAAGUUGACUUCGAAGCUGCGUUUGCGCACAGCGUUGCGCACCGAUGAGCGCGUGCGCCUGAUGAACGAAAUCAUCACGGGCAUACAGGUGAUCAAAAUGUAUGCGUGGGAGAAACCUUUCGGGAAGAUGGUGCAAUUUGCGCGACGCAAGGAAAUGAACGUUAUACGCAAGAAGAACUACAUCACUGGCAUACUGCAGAUGUUCUCCAUGUUCAUGACGCGCGUGUCCGUGUUUGUCAGCUUAGUGGCCUAUGUGUUGUUAGGGAAUUUCCUUACCGCCGAAAAAGCGUUCGUUGUCACUGCAUUCUACAGCAUUUUGCGUAAUACAAUGGUUGUGGCCUUUCCGAAUGGCAUACAGCAGAUCUCUGAGACGCUCGUGUCCUUCAGACGCAUAAAAACAUAUUUGUUGUAUGAAGAAAUUGGUGAUCCUUCAGGAAAUAGGGGAAAUGGUUACCGGCAAAUAAAACAAAUGGAUGACCUGAAUGGGAAUUUAAAAUCCACGCAGCCAACGCAGGAGGUGGCACAGUGCGAAUCUAGUGUUGAGAUACGAAAUUUGAAGGCAAAAUGGGACCCAAAAGUGCCGGAGUAUACGCUGAGUAGUGUCGACAUGAAGGUCGAACCCCGCACGCUAGUCGCAGUCGUUGGACCGGUGGGCUCCGGAAAGUCGAGUUUAAUCCAAGCCAUACUUGGCGAACUACCCGUUGAAUCGGGUUCCGUCACCGUGCACGGCUCCUACUCGUAUGCCUCUCAGGAACCCUGGCUAUUCACCGGCACUGUUCGGCAAAAUAUACUUUUCGGCUUGCCAAUGGACAGGAACCGUUAUCGUACCGUGGUGAAAAAGUGCGCAUUGGAGCGUGAUUUUGAACUACUGCCACAUGGCGACAAAACGAUUGUGGGCGAGCGUGGCGCCUCACUUUCGGGCGGGCAGAAAGCGCGCAUCAGCUUGGCUCGCGCUGUCUAUCGCAAAGCCGACAUUUACCUGCUGGAUGACCCACUAAGCGCAGUAGACACACAUGUCGGCCGGCAUCUCUUCGACCAAUGCAUGCGCGGCUUCCUGCGCGAUCGCAUUGUCAUUUUAGUAACACAUCAGUUACAGUUCCUCGAACAGGCUGACAUUAUCGUCAUCAUGGAUAAGGGCAAGAUCAGCGCAGUGGGCACCUAUGAGUCUAUGCGGAGCAGCGGCUUAGACUUUGCAAAUCUGUUGACCGCACCAGAAAAUGACAGCGAUGCGGAUGACGACAGCAUUGCUGAGAUGAAAAGCGCGUCAAGUCAGUUGCAUAUACAACGACAGAACAGCACGGCCACGAUGAGUUCAAUGGACGAGUCAGUGGCCGAGUCGUUAGUUGACGAGGCUGAGUCGCCAUUGCAGGUGCAAGAGAAGCGUGAGACGGGCAAGAUUGGCUGGAGCAUGUAUAAGAAGUACUUUGGUGCCAGCGGCGGCUAUUUGCUCUUCGCAGUGACGAUGUUCUUUUGUGUAGGCGCACAGAUGUUGGGAUCCACUAGUGAUUUUUACGUUUCAUUUUGGGUAAAUAAAAACGAACAACAGCUCGUUAGUCAGGAGCGAAGUAUCGAUGCUGCCGAGGCUGCUAAUGCUGCUAAUGCUGUCAAUGACACAGAUGCACGCGAUUUGCGAUUGAAUAGUAACACGGAUCCAAAGGACAUCUACAUAUUCUUUGGCAUCAUUUUGGCCACCAUUAUUUUUGCCUUCGCUCGCACUUUGUUCUUCUUCACGAUGGCCAUGCGUUCCUCGACGGCACUACACAAUGCUAUGUAUCGUGGCAUCACACGCGCAGCGAUGUUCUUCUUUCACACAAAUCCCUCAGGGCGCAUACUGAAUCGCUUUGCCAAAGAUUUAGGUGCCGUAGAUGAGAUAUUGCCAUGGGUAAUGAUGGAUGUCAUACAGAACAUUCUCAGCUUGACUGGCAUAGUCAUAGUAAUAUCGAUUGUCAAUCCAGUCAGCCUGCUGGCUACAGCGGUGCUGGCACUUCUUUUCUAUUCAAUGCGCUCAUUUUAUUUGAGUACAUCGCGUGAUGUGAAACGUUUAGAGGCAGUUAGUAAGUGCUUUCUUGGAAUUAAUAACAUUCAAGCGAAAUAA